UAUUGAGCAUUAUUUUUGUAACACAUUAUUUUAUUAGAUUCGAAUAUUAUUUUUGAAUAAGAUUAACGUAAUAACUCACAUUUCUUGAGUUAAACUAGUUAUACUAUACUGCACAACCGGAUCAUUUCAUGGAAGACGCCGGAGAUGAGUCCGUCGGAGCCGGCAGCUGGGAAAAAUGGACGGCGGCUAGCGUAAUUCAAUUAGGCACUGGUAUAUAUUCGUAUCGUAAAGUUCGAUCCGGCGAGUGCCGUCUUAUGCCACUCAAAGCUUUCGGCAUCGCUUCUCUCUUCGUCGGCGCCGGAUUUACCUCUCUUUUCGCCCUUGUUACUGCCAAUGGCAUUCACUCGGUCAACGAUUUCGUGAAAGUUGGGGCGAAUAUAAGAUCAUCACUAGGGGCACGGCCAAGGACACAAAACGAAAGAUCUUGACAUGGUUCUAGAAAUUAUUUGAACUCAUGUGUAUUCAUGAGAAACCUCAGUACUUAGACGAGUAGUUGCAAGAAUAGAGAAAAAUGAUGUUCACAGUUUCCGGGAAGAAUACAUAUAGCGUGGGAAAAUAGAUUUUUUUGUCACCGAACUUAUUAUGGUUUUAGAAACUUGCCACUCAACUAAUUUUUUUCCCUUUUUA